AUGCCUGCUACCCUUCCUAUACCUCUCUGCCUCGCACUCCUUGCUGGCCCCCCUUUUUUUCUUGUUCCUUCCGCUGAGAACCUUGGAGCUAACCAGUCGCGACUUCAAACAGACGUGGAACCCACCGUCGAAGCAGCCGACAAGCCUCAACCUGAAUCUACAGAUAACGCUGAGGAGCAGAAGCCAGCUGAAAGCAGCGCUGGCGCAGAGGUAGAUGCCUCUGCAGAGAAAGCUGAUGGCGGGGAGGGUGGCGAGGCUGCUGGUACGACCGACCAAGCUGCCGCCGAAACAGCUACAAACGGCACCCCAUCAGCUUCCAAGAAGGCCGUCAAUGGCAAACGCAAGUCGACAUCCACAUCUGGACAAAAGAAGGCGAACAAGAAGAAAUCCAUGAACCGCAUAUACCACCUGGAUGUGCAGCCGGGAGAGACCUACCUUGCUCGGAUGAAGAGUCACGCCCCGUGGCCUGCCGUCGUCUGUGACGAAGAGAUGCUUCCCCCGAGUCUACUGUCGACGCGUCCGGUCACCACCAAGCGUCCAGACGGCACAUACACAGAGGCUUACAGUGAUGGAGGCAAGAAAGUGAAUGACAGAACUUUCCCGGUCAUGUUCAUGCACACCAAUGAAUUUGCCUGGAUUCCUAACGUCGACCUCACACCCCUAAAACCGGAAGACUGCAAAGACGUAUCAGAGAAGAACAAGUCAAAGGCCCUGAUUGCUGCCUACCAGGUGGCCGCUGAGGGCCAUGACCUCGAUUACUUCAAGGCCAUGCUUGCCGACCACGAGCGAGCGGUUCAGGAAGACAUAGAGGAGAAGGAAGCCAAGGCAGCCGCAAAAGCGGCAAAGCAGGAGAAGAAAAAGCGAAAGAGCAUGGAGGUGGCCGAUGAGCUGGAUGAUGAAGAGAUGGAGGAUGCAGGAGAGAAGAAGAAGAGCUCCAAGAAGCGCAAAAAGGACCAGGAGAGCGAAGGAGAGCAAGACAAGGGAUCACUGCAGCCUGCAAAGACGCCCAAGCCUGCCACGAAACUAAAGCUGACUACGCCCAAGGCUCCCGGCACAGGCGAGAAGGGCGGUAAGAAAGCUGCUAGCUCUGCAAAGACCUCUAAGGGGAAGUCUAAGAAGAAGGCCGAUGCCAGCGACGAGGAGGUAGAGACUCCAAAGGAAGCUGAGAAGCCGGUCGAUCCACAGGAGGCCAAGGCAAAGCGGGAGAAAGAAAUCCUAUACCUUCGAUACAAGCUGCAAAAGGGAUUCCUUACACGUGACCAAGCGCCGGAGGAGUCUGAGAUGGAGCUCAUGUCGACAUACAUCAACAAGCUGGAAGCCUACUCCGAUCUCGAAGUAAGCAUCAUACGGUCUACCAAGAUCAACAAGGUGCUCAAGGCCAUCAUCAAGCUGCCCACCAUCCCCAAGGAAGAAGAAUACAACUUCCGAGGCCGGUCUGUCCAGAUCCUCUCCAAGUGGAAGCAGCUCUUAGAGUCCGAUAUACCUUCGGCGGGCGAGGCGUCCACUCCUGCGGACAAGCCAACGUCCAACGGCGUACAUAAGAAGGGCAAAGCCGGAAACAAGAAGGACGAGGAAAAGAAGGCUGAUGAUGCUGACGAAGAUGCUGCGGAGCCAUCCAAGGACGGCGACAUCUCCAUGGUCGACGCCGAUGAUGAGAAACCCGAAACCGAAAAGGAGAGAGAAGUCGAGGCAGAGGAGAAAGAAGAGAAGGAGGCUGGCACUCCUGCAAAGGAAGCUGACGCCAUGGAGACAUGA